UUUUCAUACUAAUAAGGUAUAAACCUUCACAAAACUUGUAUUUUAGAUGAUGACAAGCCUAUAUAAAUGAUUUAGAUGUCAACUCUAAUACAAAUGUGAUGCAUUGUGGGAGUUAAUCAUCAAAACUAAGUCUCCCCUAUAGUGGGCGGGGUAAAACUAUGAAAAUGAAAUAAUUUUUUUCUUCCUAAGUAUACACUUCAGAAUGCUGACACUCACCAAAUAUGAAGUUCAUAUGAAUAUGUAACACCAUGAUUUUUUUCAUGCUUUUCUGACAAACUGAUCCUAAAAUAUCUAAAUAGAUAUGUGAUAACAUGCCUGUUUUGUGGCCUAUUUUGUUAUACUUUGGGGUCAAAUGACCAAUUACUGGUCUCAAAAUUGAUUAAAAUAAUAUUUUAAUUAUUUGUGAAUAUGUGAUCUAUCAUAAUAAAGCUUGAAUACUUGACUAAAGUAUUCCAUUUGGGAAGAAAAAAUUAUUUCCUACCAAUACUCAAUUUUUGGGUAGGGUUGUAGGGGGUACCUAGGAAGUGAAAUUUCAUAUUUGUCCACUGCAUACAUUUUUCUAUAUUUUUGAUAUAUUUUUCAACUGAUAUUAAUACAUAAUAUAAGACUAAUUUAAAAACUGUUGCAAUUUUUGGGAUGUUUGAGCCUUUUAUGAGCCCAUUUGCUUGGCCUAUUAACAUUUUUUCAGAUAUUGAUGUGUCCACAAAUUUGGAAUGUGGUGAAAUAUGUAGCUAUGAAGUAAAAGUUGAAAAACCAGGAAAAUAUUAUCCAUUUCUCCAAAAAGCUGUAAACUGUAAAUCUAUAAUGGGACGCAUGGCACUCAAUCCAGAAACACCAACACCUCCGCCAAAGAAAAUUCCAGUGGAGAUGUUUGACGAGUUUACUCAAAAUGGGGAGCUUCCAAUCAAUAAGUAUUGGUAUUUCGAUGAAACUAAUAUUGGAAAACAAAAAAACUUUUCAACAGAUCAUAUCAAUGAACUAAUAGACAAAGAUAAAAAAGGGAUAAUAUUUGGAACUUAUGGAGUUCCUGAGCCUAAAAACGCAAUUGCAGCAUAUGUCGAGGAUAUUAGGAACAAGCGUGGAGUUGUGAUUGGCUCUCAAUCACCCUGGCUUGAAGCACUAGCUUUAUCUGCAGGGGCAGAGCACAUUACAACACUGGAAUACAACAACAACAUGUUUCUCCACCCUAAGAUAACCAAAAUCCAUCCGUAUGAUAUGGCAAGAAAAUAUAGAGAUGGUAGUUUUCAAGCAUUUGAUUUUGCUUUAUCAUUUUCAUCAAUAGAACAUUCUGGACUUGGUCGCUAUGGUGACCCUCUUAAUCCAUAUGGCGAUCUAGAAGCUGUUGCACAAGUUUGGUGCAUGCUCAAACCAGGGGGAUUAUUUCAACUUGGAGUUCCUGAGACACAUGCUAAUAACUCCUUCAUGGAGUUUAAUGCGCAUAGAGUUUAUGGACACAGUAGGCUCAAGCAUUUAACAGCCAAUUUUGAAGUGCUUGAUCAUUUCAGCGCAUUUCAGGGUGUUUGGGUUUUGAAAAAAACAUAGUGCUCAUAUCUGUAUGUCAUAGUGCUCAUAUCUGUCACAAAUAAUGUUACAUUUUUUUCGCAAAAAACUAACCAAAUUUUUGAAUGAAACAGUUACGAAAAGGACAAAAAUUAAAACUAGAAGGCUAAUUGGUUGAGAGACGAAGGGAAAUAACAUUCAGUCUCAUACCAGCAUCAUGCACGUAAAAAUGCAAUCUUUUUAUUAGAUCUUGUAUAUACAAAGUUGAUUGAAUUCAAUUAUCAAUGAUGUUAGAACAUGAAAGGAAUAAUGUAAGAAAUAUGUAAGGAAUAAAUUGAUGUAAUGUAUAUAUAAUAUCAACAAUGCCGCGGAAACAUGUAAUUAUUCAGAUACAAAAUUGUUGACUUUUAGGGAAUGUAGUCCGCAAAACUUUUUGUAACUGAGGCUCAUAUCCUCCUCUUAUAUAUAAUAUGGAAUAAACUUCAUUCAUACUGGUAUAUAUGAAGUACAUCUUCUUAUUUGGAACUCUUAAAGUUUCAGAUAUGAAUGAAAUGUCCAUUGGUGUUAUGGUCCAGGGUUAUGAUAAUGGAUCUUGAAUGGUGGGGAGUAGUGGGUAUUGGGUAUUUUUUCUCUUCACAUUAGAUUAUGGUUUUGGAUAGUUGGGGUUUGUUUUCCUAAUGACUGGUAUAAACUGUGUUCUGUGACAAUUUCUGGUCCUUUCCCUUUUGCACUUGUAAAUGUCACUCUAUUAUACCUAACCCCUAGAAAUGCAAAAGAUACUCUGUUUGUCCAAUUGUAUUGUUUAGUAUAUUUUUGAAAGUGCCUUAUUAAUAUCUAAUGUCAUCCAAUAAAACAUUCAUAAGGAACAGACACAUGAAAAAAAAAAAAAAAAAAAUCAUUACUAAUAAGCCACAAGGGUUGUUCAUGAACGCCAAAUGCAAGGUAUAGUAGAGUGAAUAUAUGUCUAACAAUAUUUCUAUUUGUAUUAGAAUGAGAAUAAAAAUGACGAAUGACGAAAAAAUAUAGUCUUUUACAAUUUAAUAAAAAAAAAACUUCAGGGAGUUGUGGUAGAUAAAUCCUGGAAAACUGGAACCCAUUUCUCGAAAAUAUGAUUCACGAUCUGACGAAGUUUGAUUUCUACGAUGUUGUUCACAAUUUUCUAAAUUGUAUUUCUUGAAGCACCUUAUCAACAAAAUCGUAGAUAUACAAAUAAUUAAGAC